AUGACGACGCUACGGGACGUCAUCGCGCGGGAGGAAUUCUUAACUCUCUCAGACACCGAGGGCAUUCAUCUUUUCGCAUCUUCAUUCCCAACAGAACUCUCUCAUCUCCGAAAUGCUAGUGCUACAGUUGAAUCCGGCACCAGAACGCCUCCCGGCUGCUUGGAUGGGAAAACACCAUCCGCGCUGAUCUACGGCGCGGAAUUCGCAGAGGUCAACCGCACCCUGAUCAGCAUGCUGGCGCUCAAGUGGAUCUUAGCGGACGACUACAAGUCUUUCACGCGCGGUCAAUCAGAAGGAGAAAUAACACCGGAGACGUUCAAGCACAUGCGGGAGUUGAUCACCCGGAAUCUGCAGAACCCAGAAGACAUCUACUCGUUGCUGGUAGCUAUCGUCAUCGACGAUAUCGGCAAAGACUCUACUCUAGCUACGAAUGACGAGGCCGAAGCUGAAGCGAAUCAUUCCGAGGUAGUCUAUCAUGCGGCGCGAGCAGAUCGCAUCCCGGCGCUUGGGGGAUUCCCCACCAGCCUGCAGAUCGGAAGCAAGCUUAACCUCUCGCAGUUGGUGCAGGGUGAGUGCGUGCCAGAGAGUCUCUCUGUGCUACGGUCGAUAGGUGAGAGUGAAGGCGGCUACGAGAUGCGAGCGAUGGUGACGCUGCUCGAUGUCGCUGGCGCAGGUGCCCAUCGCGAUGCGAGGGGAUGUGCAAUGAUGACAGAGUCGGUCUGCCGGGCUUAUCUGCGCACUAUUGAAGUGGUUGGAAAGUUUAUUGGAGGAAAUAUUCCGACUGAGCGGGCAUGCUACGACCGGAUUCUGAUGGACCGGGCGGAACUUCUUCACGAGAAGGGAUUUCCUUUGCUUUCUAUUGACAAUGCUGAGGACCGAGCGCUACUCCGGCUGCUCUGCAUGGGCCGAGGCGAUAGUCUAGAGUCGGCUGAGAUGUUCCAGACGGCUUUUCAGAUUUUACCAGAAUCUACCCGACGCCGACUGGUUGACGGGCUCAGUGUAGAUGGCAUCAGCGACGGGGUGGCGAUUGUCCCAUACUACGCUCCAGGUCUGCUGGCCGAGGUUAUGCGCAGUGCCCACAACAAAGAGCAUAGUUGCAUUGUUGCUGCGUUGUCCGCAUUUCUGCGGUUUUUGGCGCGUGUGUUCGACGGUCCACGGCCUGGUGCAGAUGGAAUUCAAGAACGCGACCUGUCGUUUGUCCAGGAUGUGAUCAAAAGCGACAGAUUCGGUGACGACCCGUCUAUCCUGGAUACCGUCAGGCUGCCUUGGAUGGCCUCCAGUGAUGCUAUUGAUCCACGCUUAUGA